GGCUAAGCGACAUAUAACACUAAUCACGACUCACGUCAAACAAAUUAAUCAUUUAACUAUAAAAUUUCAAUGGCACUUGAGUUUAAGUAGGAAUUUAGUUAUUAUUUCGAAAUUAAUAGAUAGUUAGCCAUAUAAAAUGUGAAUAAAAUUUUCGUGUUUUCUAAUAAAAACCGCAUACUUAUAAUUUUAACAGCUAUUGUAAUUUAUAGCAAAAACUCGUUUAUUUAUCGAUUUUUUUGUUGUAUCGACUACAAUAUAUUUAGACCAUUUUCAAAUCUGUAACCGCCGUUGCUAGGUACAAAAAGACCAAAACAAUAGUCUAAAUACACCUAAUCGUGUCAUCUGUUCAUUCUCCCACUGCCCGAAUCCAAGAAAUUGUUGAAAACCUGAACAAACCAGGCGACCAUUUAUAUAAUGGCAAAGGCUUGCAAUUGGCUGCAUGUGGAAUCCGGGGAUGGUGAAUUCAUCCCCAGUUUGACAACCAUAUCUACCUGUCUGACUCUCAGCGAUGUCCAGUGCGAUGGUUAUGUGCGUUUAUUGGCGGCGGAUAUUGCCCUUGAUGACGACAAGGAGCCUAGUGCCAUAUUGAAAGUGUUUCGAGGAUUGAAACUAAAGCACGAGCAAACUCUGCCGGGUAUACCCACAGCCAUCGAGAGUCUUUACAUUGAUGAAACGGAACCAAAGACACCGGUGAUCGCCGUCGCCAUAGCCGAAUCAGUGUUAUUCUAUCGCCAUCUGAAGCCAUACUUUAAAUACAGCAUCCCUCAAUUGGAACCUGAGGAACUGGAGGCGGAGGUUUGGCGUAAAUUGCCUGUGAUGAAAUCAGAGACUCAUGACGCGCUGCUGGCAUCCCUCAAGGAUCUUGAUCAUGCAAAAUUAUCUAGAAAAACCCAACGACUGCUUCAACUGCCUGAGGAGGAGCGUGAAGCCUUCAUCAAAUCGCACAAGGACUCACCUGUGGGUCGUGUGGGCAACAUAGUGGCCAUGUGUUGCCUGAAACGCAUCUCUAGCGAUGCCAAUCCGCCAUCUCAUUUGGUCCUGGCCACAGACUUGGGCGACGUUUAUAUUCUAGAGCCCCAAGGCUUCAAUUUGAUUUACCAGGGCAAAGUCUGUAGCUACGAAACGGCAGUGCCCAGUCUAAUAUCUGUGCAGGGAACCUAUGAAACGGAUUUCUCCAUAGUGGUGGCCACCAGAAACGGCGGUGUCUAUCUCCUGCGCAAGUCCCAGAACGAAGGACAAGAGCUUUUGAAGUUAAAUACGCCCCUAACUGGUUUGCUCUUGCUCCCAGUGGAUCAGACUAUUGUACUCAGCUGUAUGGAUAAUCGGUUUCUUUGCUAUUCCAAGCGUGGCAAGCUGCUCUAUCAAGUGGAAUUGGAGGAUCUACCAGUGUGCAUUCUCCCAUUGAGUAUGACCCAUUUAGGUGUCACUUUGGUGGCCAUCGCCCUGAAGGGUGGCCCUGUGAAAUUCUAUUUGCAACGUUAUCUGGUCGACGAGUUGCAUGCAAAUGAAACCGUUGAUGCCAUGCUAUAUGGUCGCAUGGGAAUGGAAGAUCAUGUCUUGACCCUCAUCACACAAACCGGAGAUAUCCAAAUCAAAAUCCUUAGAAGAGUAACACGCUUUGAGCCCAAUGCGGAUGCCCUCAAGGGAACAACAAUGGGUGAUAAAAAGCUAAUUGUAGAUGCUUCUAUAUUGGACAAGCCGAAAAAGAGUUCCAUAUUCGUCGAACAGGCUGCACGUGAGAAGCAACAAGCCAAGGCAACUUAUGGCAGUUUUCAGGUUGAACUAUGGCGUCUACGUCACACAGCUGCUCGGGCGACAAUCGAUGCCAUCAAUUCAUCGGAAAGCACCAUAUCGGGUGAUCUAACUCAUGCCCCGGUGAAGCUUUCGGCUGAGGUCUGCGGCUCGGGGCCAUCAUUUCGUCUCUAUCUAACCGUGCAGAAUUUGUCCACCUUUAAGAUGGCAUCUAAUUUAAUGCUUCUGCUGCACGCCGAUCGAAGGCACUAUACGAUAACGCAAUCUUUGGCCAGAUUACCAAGUGUAUUGCCCGGCAUACCGCUGCGCAUGGACUUCGAAGUGAUCGCCGUCUUGGAUCCCAUGGACAAAUUGCCACCACCGAGUCUCAGUCUGGACAAUUCUCACAUACGUGUGAUGCUAACAAAGGAGGGACAGGCAAAGCCUUUGAUAGCUGCUGCCGUGGCCAUGCCUCAGUCCGAGGCGGCGGCUGCCUUUUAAACUUAAAUUUAACACAGAAAAUAAAAUAAAAAAAAAAU